AUGGUACAGACAACAUCGUCACCGAAAGAUGAAAUUUAUCCACAAUCUCAAAUGCAUUCGACAACGGCUACAAUGGAUAGUCCACGAGCCAAUGACAGCGUUGAUAUGUGCAGUUGGAUCUUAAUCGGCUUUUCGUAUAUUUUAAUGCUUGUGACAUUUCCGUUUUCAUUAUGUUUUUGUAUUCGAGUUGUUCAAGAAUACGAACGAGCUGUUAUUCUUCGUCUCGGUGGUGCUAAAGGGCCAGGUCUAUUUUGUAUGGUUCCUUGUGUUGAUACAAUUAUUAAAAUCGAUUUGCGAACAGCAACAUUCAAUGUUCCACCUCAAGAAGUUUUAACACGAGACUCCGUGACGGUUUCUGUGGAUGCAGUCGUCUAUAGUCGAAUCUUCAACCCGGUUAUCAGUGUGAUAAAUGUAAAGAAUACUCAAUAUUCGACACAAUUACUGGCCCAAACAACCUUACGUAAUAUACUUGGAACUAAAACGCUUCAAGAAAUCCUCAGUGAUCGCGAAGCAAUUGCACAUAACAUGCAGACUCAUCUUGACCAAGGUACCGGUCCAUGGGGUGUUAAAGUCGAACGUGUAGAAAUUACGGACGUUCGUUUACCACAAUCGAUGCAACGUUCGAUGGCUGCUGAAGCCGAGGCAAGUCGUGAGGCACGGGCAAAAGUGAUUGCCGCUGAAGGUGAGCAGAAGGCAUCGCGACAACUGAAGGAGGCUGCCGAUGUAAUUGCAGCAUCACCUAUUGCUUUGCAAUUACGAUAUUUACAAACAUUGACACAGAUUUCGGCCGAAAAGAAUUCGACAAUUAUUUUUCCUGUACCUGUUGAACUACUCAAUUUAGUCAAACAUCCAAUGUAA